AUGCCUCAAAACAAUGAAGAUGUAAUCUCCACACAAAUUAAGAAAGAGAGGAAGACAGUUCUAUUCGUUACUCUUAAUAAUUCAAUCGAUAUUAUAUGUCCAUUUCAAAGACAUAUUAUUACAAGCUUUAAUGAUUGCCAGUAUAGUUGGUUAAAGGAACAUAAUGAUUCUUACGGAAAGAAACAACUCCCGGCAGACUUACUAGUGGGUUUCAAUUCAUUCGGUCAAAAUUUGAAUAUUUCUUAUGUGACGAAAGCAGAUGAGGGCAACUACAUUUGUACAUGUAAAUAUCUUAAUGCUAGUAGGACGGGUUUAGUUAAUAUUUCCACUCUUGAGCUGCACAUUGGAGAGCCUCCAAAAAAAAUUUUGCAUGCCGACAUUUCAACGAAGGGAAUUACCACAACUGUUGCUUGGAAUAAAUCUAACCUGUGUCAGAAAUUAAAUGGUUAUCGAUUUCAGGUCAACUAUACUGAUGGGCAACGUUGGUACAUUGGAUGUAAUAAUACGACAAAAUGCUCUUGUAUUAUGAGCCGUCAUAUAAUAAUAACAAGUAUAGAAAUAGUAAUUACUGCUACUAAUAAGUUUGGAUCAACAUCAAGCGAUGGAUUUAUUUAUUACAUGGCGAAUAAUGUUGUGCCGUAUCCACCAAACGCUGUUAUGGUGAACGCAGAAUAUAGAUCUAUUACAGUUCGUUGGAGAGCACCACUAGGUUAUACAUCAAUGCUACUUUACGAAUUUAUAGUAUAUAAACGACGUAUUAAACCAUUAGUUCUGAUGGAAAAAGAAUAUAAGAAUGUUGUUAUUUCCGCUGACAAUUUGGAAACGAGCUUUAAGCACACUUUCUUUGAUUUGAUACCUGGAGCAACCUAUGAAUUUUAUAUUGUCAGCAAAACUCGUUAUCAGGAAGUGAGCGAGCCAACAAGUAGAGUGAGAAUAAGCUUACCUGAGGAAAAACCGUACGCUGGACCUACAGAUCUAAAAUGUACUUGUUCAGAACAUGAUCCAAUGGGUAGACUUUGCUUUUGUCAUUGGAAAUCAAUUGAUCCGUGGCUAGCCUACGGUGUUAUAGUGGAAUAUGAUUUAUAUUACAUCGUGGCCUCAGAGGAUUUGGAGAAUAGAACAGCAAAUAAAAUAUCAGCUAUGGGCAAUAUAACUACUGUUGAAUUAAGAAAUCUUUCUUCAGAGGUUUCGUACACUGUAACAGUUGUGGGUAGAAAUAAGGCUGGUAGUAGCGUUAGUAGCAAACCUUUCACCAUUCAGCGGAUUCCAAACACUAAGAAGGAUUCUUCUGGUACCCCUCCGACUACAAUCCUCAUUAUUAUACUGGUGGUAUCUGUUCUUGUUGUUUCUGCUAUAUUAAUUCUGGCCGUUGCAUUUUUUUAUAGGGCGAUAACAUACAGACUGACAAGCAAGGCCAAUGAAGAUGAUCGUGAUUCAUUGAUGAAAGAAACGGAUUCAGUGCAAUCACUGGCAGAGUCACACAUAUAUGAGCAAAUAUCGUUCAGGGGUUCUACAUCUAUAAUUCACGUCAAUCAGGCCGAAGUGAAUAAGCAAGAAGAAGAUGGAAUGCAAGAUAACAGACUUUCAAUGUCGACAAUUGACAGCUGUCCAUAUUCUAGCGUAAUUAUUGCCUCAGGUUAUCACGAAAGCGAUGAUUGUUAA